UUUUAGUAUGGUGACAUCGUUUAUUAAAGCAGAACUUCCUGCAAUGAAAAAGAGCAGAAGUGUACUACAGUCUGCUGUGUGUGAAAGGGAGGCAGAGAAAAAAAGGAAUGUUAGUCACAGGACAACGAGACGACAGAGAGAAAAGAGGGGCAGAUGGUAAUAGAGUGGGUAAAUAGGUAGAGGGACAGGGAAGUAAACAUAUGAUGGAGAACAAGACAGCAGGGAGUUAGAGACAGUCUUAGAGUGACUGAGAGAGGAAGACACAAGAGAGUAAUUCUGAGAGACAAAAAGGCUAAAGACAGGAAGAGACAGCAAGGUAACAAAAUCCAGCACAAUCAGCAUAGCUGGAAGAAGCCUGAGAACAAAAAUACAUUUGGAAGAAGCAUCAGUGUCUAUAGCUCCUGAAGCUCAUCAAGCUAUACAAGUACCAGGAUUACUAUGGAUGAAUCAUCAUAUCUCCAAUAUGAAAACUCCCUCUCCUUGCUAGAAGAUGGGGAUCCAACUUUCAGACCACAAUGGCCAUCAGAUGAACAGUCUUCUUAUGACCUGGAUGAGAGAGCAGUGGGUUGUAAUGUGCUUUGUCCAACACAUGAGGUUCUCAUGACUGCUGACAGACUAGACUCUGAUGGCCAUAGGACAGUUAUCACAGAGAGUAUGUCAGUCACAGCAUCUGAUGAAGAGAAACUGCAACUUCUGAACAAAAAUACAGAGCUACGGCGACUCAAUAAAGAGCUCAUGAAGCUAAAUCAGCAGUGGGAUGAGAUAUAUCGGCGCACAACUGAGAAUCUGCAGCACACAGUACGAGCCCUGCAGCAGGAAGUCCAAAGUCUAAGACACCAUGUGGACAAAUUGAGUGUGAAGCUGGAGCAUGAGCAGAAUAAAAGAGAGUUCUAUGAGAACUCACUGCUUCAAGAGAUGAAGCAGAAUCAGAAACUGCAAGAAUAUGUGAGACACCUGGAGAAUUCUCUGCAUUACAAAACUCUCCCUGAAAAGAGGAUGCACAGUGCCACUGACAUUUCAAAAGCCCACAACCAACCCAAUAUGAUCCCCAACAUCACAAUGAGGCCUCACAACAGUAAAGAGACAACAACUAGAGACCAAAAUGAGAAGGAUAAAACAACACCCAAGAGUGAGGAAAAUUCCCUGGGACACCAAAACUCUGUCAAGAUGUCUCGAUGUACUCAACACAUGCGAGAAGGGACCAUGGGCACCUGUGAAAAUGAACAAGACAUGAAUAAGCUGAAGGAGCAACUAAAAGCCCUUAAAUGCCAGACAGAGAUAUAUGCUGCUGAUUAUAAAACAGAACACACAGAUCGGGAGAGAAUGAGAUCUGAAAAUGAGAAAUUGAAGAAAAAGGAAAGAGAUAUGAGAGAGCAGAUGCUGCUAUUGCAGGAACAGCUGAAGAUCUAUGAGGACGAUUUCCGGAAAGAGAGAUCUGAUAAGCAAGUUCUGCAACGUCUGCUGAAGGGCAGAACAUCCGCCCAAGAACCUGUGCUGGUCCAUCGCUGCAAUAAUAUUGGUCACCGAAGGUCUUCUGCAGAAGCCAGUGAAUUACCUGCUAGGUUUAGCAGAGAACAGCGAGGGAUAAAUGAGGAAAGAUAGGCUCAACCAUAUUGUGUGUAGUAUUGAGGGGCUUACUGUUUAUACAAACAUGUGGUUACUUUAUCUUUACUGAAAAAGGUGUCUGUAUAAUAUAUGACACAUGUGAUACAUGUGUGUUUAUAUGUGUAUGUAUAUAUGAAUAUAUAGAGAUAAAUAAACCUUCAUAUAAUUGUAA